GGGUUGACAUUUCGAGAAGCUGCCACUUGUUUUCCCUUUUUCUCAACCUCUCGGAAACCACGUUACCAUCUGUAACAACAACAAUUCUCACAUACAUACAUACAUACACACACAUCUCAUCUGUAUCUAUACCUUCCAUUCAUCAACACCACCAAUUUAGGGUUUGUUCCACCCAACCCCAUAUUCUCCUAUAAUGAAUUCCCCCAUCUCAAUUUCAUCAAUCCCACACCUCCCCCUCUUCUUCUCCAUGUUCCUCACAAUCUACUUCACUGCACACUUCCUCAUCUUCCGCACCUGGACCCCUAAACUCCGACCCGAAGCUUCCAGCUGCUUAAUCUCACUCGCACAUGGCACCCCUGCAGUUCUCCUAGCCUCAAACGCCCUCAUCUCCAACCCCACCCACACUUUCUCCUCACCCAACACAGAUUCCCAAAACACCGUAUUAGAAUACAGCAUUGCAUACUUCUUAAUGGACCUUUGUCACUAUCUCAUCUUCAACCCUAAAGAUAUCCUCUUCAUAGGCCACCAUUUAGCAACCCUUUUCGUUUUUGUAACAUGUAGGUACCUUGUGGGUCAUGGGGCUUAUGGGGUUUUGGUUCUGCUUGUUCUAGCGGAGGUCACGAGCUUUUUUCAGAACGUUUGGACGCUUUCGAAUGCGUUGCGGGCGGAGUCGAAAGUUGCAGCCCAGGUGUUCGAUGUAUUGUCUCCUCCAUUUUAUGCUUUGUAUUCUGUUGUUAGGGGGUUUUUGGGGCCUGUGUUUGUUUAUAGAAUGGUUGGUUUUUAUUUGAGUGGGGAGGCGGAUGGGGUUAUUCCUCGGUGGGUAUGGGUUUCGUGGGUUUCCGUUGUGGUUUCGGCGAUUUUGGUUAGUAUAGUUUGGAUUUGGAACAGGUGGGUUGAUUUGUAUAGGGAGAGAAUAGAUGUGAUUGACAAGGAGAAGAAGGUUAUAUAGGGGGGUUAGGGAAAUACUUGGGAUUUGGAUUACGUUCUGUGUAUGAAUUGUCCAUUUAUCUCAAACGAAAACAUGUAACUGUGUUAGCUUUCUAAAUAGUAUAAUAAAAUCAUGCAAGUGAUGCUUUAUAUCUU